AGAGAAGGGACAGGGAGAGGAGGGACAGGGAGAGAAGGGACAUUGGAGAGAAGGGACGCGGGAAGGCGAGAGGAGGGAGCAGCUGAGGAGGCUCCGGGGACCCAGCACUGCCCCACCGAGCUCUGCCUGCACAGGGACCGGUUGAGCUGCGGCUGCCCCACACCCGGGGCAGGAGGGUGGCACAGACAUCGGGUGGCACGGGCAGAUCUCUAAAUACCUGUGACCAGGGGCCCGCGGGGCGAUGAGGAGCUCUGCACUCUGAGGCACCACACGGAGCCACCACGGUCCCAGGAGACACAGCAGCGACCUCGAGCAGGACCAUCCCAGAACCCGUAAGGAAAACCCCCGACCUGUUUGUGGUGAUCCCAGAAAGCUGAGCAGGGCACCAUGACCAGCCCCCAGCCAGUAAAAACCUUCAAGAAAUCUGCUAUCCCAGGGGUUCUCAUCACCCAGUUUGUGAAUGAUGUUCCAAAAGGAUGCAGUACACCUGACUUUGAGAGGAAACCUCUCACCCUGACCCUGCAGGAAGGUAAAAAUGCCAUUUUCAGAGCUGUGGUCAAAGGUGUCCCAACCCCAGAGGUGAAAUGGUCACGUACACGAAAAGGGAUGGAUGAUCCUGCCAAGUAUGAAAUGUCCUUCAGUAGUGCUACAAAUGAAUUCAUUCUGCAGAUCAACAGGCUGGUGAUGGAUGACAGUGAUUUGUACCGGUGCUGUGCUGUCAAUGAGUACGGGGAAGCUUCCUGCUCCGUGGGCCUCAGGAUCAUCCAAGUUGGCUUUAAGAAGAAAGCAAAAUAUGUUCCUGUUCAUGCUGCUGAUGAGCUGAAGAAGACACUCCAGGACUCCAAGAAGCUGCUGAGGAAGAGGGUUGUAGCACCAAAACCCAAACCCCUGGACAAAGAGGCCGUGUGGCAGCUGCUGCUCCACGCAGACAGGAGAGACUACGAGAAAAUCUGCAUUAAAUAUGGAAUUGUCGACUUCCGUGGGAUGCUGAGGAAGCUGCAGGAGCUGAGGAAGGACACAGAGAGUGAACAAGAUGAGUUAAUUCACAGUAUCAAAAACUUGGAACACAUCAAAGUCGACAAGGAGGGAAACGCCACGUUCAGCCUGGAGAUGGAGCUGAAAAACAAAAACAGCAACGUGUAUCUGCUCAAGGACGGGCAGCGGCUCCGCUACGGGACGGGGGAUGAGUACAGGAAGCACUGCCUGAGGAGGAUUGGGAGGAGGUACCAGUUCAUCAUCAACGACGUGCAGCCAGAGGAUGCAGGCGUGUACCAGGUCAGGGUGGAGGACGUCCCUGUUUUCUCCACUGAGCUGGAUGCUGAAGCCAUCCCCGCGCGGUUCCAGCAGCCGCUCCGCGACCUGCGCUGCCCCGAGCAGGGGGACGCCGAGUUCCGCUGCGUCCUGCGCACCCCCUGCCACCGCCCCGCCUGGCUGCACAAGACACGCGCCCUGCAGGCCGGCCCCAGGCACCACAUCUCCGUGUCGCCCGACGGCCUCACCCACCAGCUCAUCAUCAGGAACGUGGAGCCCUCGGACAGCGGGAUGUACACGCUGGAGGCGGGGCAGGGCUCCUCCAGCGCCUGGCUGCUCGUGGAGUAUGCCAAAGGGAAGAAGAGACAGGAUGAGGAAGGAAUUGAAAAAAUCGAAAGGGAGACAUCUGAGUGGCUGAAGGAAACGAUGGCAGACAAUGAAAGGGCGAGGAAACUUCGGCGCCAGGAACGUGCCGGGGAUGAAGGUCAUGCCAUGGACACCGGCGUGGAAAAAAAGGGCUGGUACAGGAAGGGUCAAGGCAGCAGCCAGGACAGAGGCCAGGGCAGUGGCCAAGGCAGCAGCCAAGGCUACUCCAUGGAUACUGAUGAUGGAAGCCACAUAUUUUUGGGAAAAGAGGGGCUCCGCAAAACCCACAUAAACGGAGGGAUGGGGCCUGGGCAGUUUUCUGGAGCAGAUCUAGAUGGAGACUCAGUGACAAAUGAUGGCAGCAUCUUUGGAUUAAAAGGCUUAGGAGGCAAAGGUGGAUUAAGACCUGUGCACGACAAGGACUCUGUGCCAGGCAGGGAAGGUCCUGGGGAUGGAGCAGGCGGAUGGGAUUCUGUGGCUGGCAGAGGAGAGGGUGUGCUGGGUGCUGGUCACAUGGACAUGGAUGGUGGAGAAGGUUUGGGCUCUCAGUAUGACAAGGAUGGGAAUUUAGGUGAUCCCAGCUCCAGAGCUGGCUUUGGGGGUGUUGGGAGGUUUGGUGCCACUGAUGGCAGUUCUGUGCCAGAUGGGCUCAGUCCUGGUUCAGCCAGAGUGGGAGAUGGUGUGGGGGAUCUGUUCAGCAGGGCUGGCCCAGGGGCUGCAGCGUGGGGGAGUGCUGCAGGGGCUGCAGGAGGAAUGGGGUCCCACCAUGGCAAGGCUGGUGAUCUGACUGUGGGUGACAUGAACGGAGCAGGGAUAAACAGACAGGGACAAACAGGGGCUCCCUAUGGCAAGGAUGGCCUGGCACCUCAUGCCAGUGCUCAGUUGGGUCAGGGGGGCAGGUCUGGCUCGCUGUAUGGCCCGGGUGGCCUUCCAAGUGGAGAUGGGGCUCUACCUGGUGCAGGUGGCAGUUCUGUAGGAGAAAUGGAGGCUUUCUAUGGUCCAGAUGGUCGGCCACUUGGAGCAGGGGCUGGUGGUGCUGGUGGUUCAGGUGCAGGGGGAUUUGGGGCUCCCUAUGGAAUGGAUGGUGUCCCAGCUGGAGCUGGGGUUGGUGGUGCUGGUGCAGGGGGAUUUGGGGCUCCCUAUGGAAAGGAUGGCAUCCCUGCUGGAGCUGGGGUUGGUGGUGCUGGUGCAGGGGGAUUUGGGGCUCCCUAUGGAAAGGAUGGCAUCCCUGCUGGAGCUGGGGUUGGUGGUGCUGGUGCAGGGGGAUUUGGGGCUCCCUAUGGAAAGGAUGGCAUCCCUGCUGGAGCUGGGGUUGGUGGUGCUGGUGCAGGGGGAUUUGGGGCUCCCUAUGGAAAGGAUGGCAUCCCUGCUGGAGCUGGGGUUGGUGGUGCUGGUGCAGGGGGAUUUGGGGCUCCCUAUGGAAAGGAUGGCAUCCCUGCUGGAGCUGGGGUUGGUGGUGCUGGUGCAGGGGGAUUUGGGGCUCCCUAUGGAAAGGAUGGCAUCCCUGCUGGAGCUGGGGUUGGUGGUGCUGGUGCAGGGGGAUUUGGGGCUCCCUAUGGAAAGGAUGGCAUCCCUGCUGGAGCUGGGGUUGGUGGUGUAGCUGGUGCAGGGGGAUUUGGGGCUCCCUAUGGGAAGGAUGGUCUCCCAGCUGGAGAUGGUGUUGGAGGUGCAGGGGGAUUUGGGGCUCUUUAUGGAAAGGAUGGUGUCCCAGCUGGUGCUGGUGGUACUGGUGGUGCUGGUGCAGGGCCACUUGGGUAUCCAUAUGGAAAAGAUGGCAUCCCUGCUGGACUAGGUGUUGGUGGAGCUGAAGGUGGUGGCAUUGGAGGUGUUGGAUCUUUGUAUGGGAAGGAUGGUCUCCCAGUUGGAGCAGGUGUUGGUGCUGCUGGUGUAGCUGGGGCAGGGGGAUUUGGUUCUCCCUAUGGAAAGGAUGGUCUUCCAGCUGGAGCUGGUGUUGGUGGCGCUGGUGCUGCUGGUGCAGGGGGGGUUGGGUAUCCAUAUGGAAAAGAUGGUCUCCCUGCUGGUGCAGGCACUGGUGGAGCUGCAGGUGGUGGCUUUGGAGGUGUUGGGUCUCCUUAUGGAAUGGAUGGUUUCCCAGCUGGAGCAAGUGCUGCUGGUGCAGGGGGAGGUGGGGGUCCCUAUGGAAAGGAUGGUCUCCCAGUGGGAGCAGGUUUUGGUGCUGCUGGUGUAGCUGGUGCAGGGGGAGUUGGAGCUCUCUCUGGUGUCUCUGGUGUAGCUGGUGCUGGUGGUGCUGGUGCAGCUGGUGCAGGGGGAAUUGGGGCUCCCUAUGGAAAGGAUGGUGUCCUGGCUGGACCAAGCAUUGGUGGAGCUCCAGGUGGUGGUGUGGGAAGUGUUGGAGCUCCAUAUGGAAUUGAUGGUUUCCCAGCUGGUGUUGGUGGUGCUGGUGCAGGGGGAGUUGCAGCUCCCUUUGGAAAGGAUGGUCUUCCAGUUGGAGCUGGUGUUGGUGGUGCUGGUGUUGGGGCAUUUGGGUCUCCCUAUGGAAAGGAUGGUCUUCCAGCUGGGGCUGGUGCUGGUGGUGCUGGUGCAGGGGGAGUUGGUUCUCUCUAUGGAAUAGAUGGUGUUGCAGCUGGGGCUGGUGGGGUUGGUGCAGCUGGUACAGGGGGGGUUGGGGCUCUCUAUGGAAAGGAUGGUGUCCUGGCUGGAGCAGGGGUUGGUGGUGCUGGUGGUGCAGGGGGAGUUGGGGCUCUCUGUGGAAAGGAUGGUCUCCCAGCUGGAGCUGGUGGUGGUGAUGUUGCUGGUGCUGCAGGAGUUGUGUCUCCCUAUGGAAAGGAUGGUCUCCCAGCUGGGGCUGGGGUUGGUGGUGCUGGUGGUGCUGGUGGUGCAGGAGGAAUUGUGUCUCCCUAUGGAAAGGAUGGUCUUCCAGCUGGGGCUGGGGUUGGUGGUGCUGGUGCUGCUGCAGGAGUUGUGGCUCCCCAUGGGAAGGAUGGUGUCCCAGCUGGGGCUGGUGGGGCUGGUGUAGCUGGUGCUGGAGGAGUUGGGUCUCCCUAUGGAAUGGAUGGUCUCCCAGCUGGUGCAGGAGUUGUGUCUCCCCAUGGGAAGGAUGGUCUCCCAGCUGGGGCUGGUGGGGCUGGUGUAGCUGGUGCAGGGGGAGUUGUGUCUCCCUAUGGGAAGGAUGGUGUCCCAGCUGGGGCUGGUGUUGUGUCUCCCUAUGGAAAGGAUGGUGUCCCAGCUGGGGCUGUGGCAGGAGCUGCUCCUUUUCCCUUUGGAGGUGAGGGAGCGAUGGGAUCUCAGCGUGGCAGGGAUGGUGGGCUGGGCAGAGCUCUGGGAUAUCCAGGGGGAGCAGGAGGAGAGAACUUUUCCGUGGAAGGGGGGGGUGUGAGUGGCUCUGCAGUGUGGGGCGCUGGGUCUCCCUAUGGCAAGGAUGUGGGAUCAACUGGAGCCUGGGCUGGUGCAGGAGCUGGUGGGAGGUUGGGAGGGGAUGGAAGGGAUUCAUUCCUUGGUAAAGGAGGUGUGGGAGGUGGUGGUGGACCAGGUGGUGAAUAUGGAAAGGGCAUUGCCAGUGAUGGCAGAGGAUCAGGGAACCAAGGUUCAGUUGGUGACAGAGGGUCACUGUCAGGUCAAGGAGAUGUCUGGGGUGAGGGCAGAGAUUUAGGACAGUUGGGCUCCCUUUAUGGCAGAGAUUCCGCCUUUGGAGGGGCAGGGAGCAAAUCCUGGAACAGACCUGUUGAUGGGAGCAGUUCAGGUGGUUUUGGUCAAGGUCCACCCAGUCAUGACCAGACGUCAGCUCUUUUUGGUGGGCUUGCCCCAGCAAGCCAGAGAAACGAGGAACCUGACGUGGAUGUUAAAGCAAAGGAGCUCCCCACCAACACGGAAAGUACAGCCCAGAAGAGACGGUCCUGCCUGGAUGAUCUCAAAGUCCCCCGGUGUUACCUCAACAAGCAGCUGGCCACGGUCCGGGUGGUGAAGGGGGAACCAGCCGAGCUCUCCUGCACCGUCAGCAAGGACAACGUGACAGGAACCUGGUUUAAAGACGGGCUGAAGUUGACAAGCAUGCAAGGAGUUGUGUUUGAAAAGAAAGGUCUAGUCCACAAACUAAUUAUUAACAAAGCUGAAGACAUUCAUGCUGGGAAAUACAGGUUUGAAGGUGGAGAUGUGAAAACUGAGGCUUCAAUUUUUGUUGAAGACCCUCCACAGGUUGACAAAGUUCUCCUCAAGAACCUGAGCAGUGUCCCCACGGUGGCCAAGGCCGGGCAGGCAGUGAAGCUCAGGAUCCCCUUCGAGGGCCGUCUGCCCAUCAGGGCCACGUGGCUCAAGGACAAGAUGGAGCUGGCAGAUGACACCAGGAUCCGUGUGGAUAAAACAGACACCCACACCACGCUGUCCAUCCCCAGCUGCGACAGGAGGGACUGUGGGGACUACAAGGUCAGGCUGAAGAACGACAGCGGAGUCCUGGAGAUCAACUUAAAGCUCAUGGUCAUAGACAAGCCACAGCCACCAGCAGGACCCAUCAAAGUCGUGGAGAGCUCUGCCAAUGCCAUCACCAUCCAGUGGCAGCCCCCAAAGGACGAUGGGGGCAAACCAGUGCAGAGGUACCUCGUGGAGAGGCAGCAGGCGGGCAAGAACGACUGGGAGACCUUGGGAGACACCCCCAGGAGCUGCACCACCUUCACCACCACCAAGGUGGAAGAAGACACGAGCUACUACUUCAGGGUGAGGGCCGUGAACGUGGAGGGGACGAGCGACGCGCUGGAGUCGGGCGAAGUGAAGGCGGCUGGCAAAGCUUCCCCUGGUGCCCCAGAUCCCCCUGAGAUUGUCAGUGCCAGCAGGGACACCGUCACAAUAUCCUGGAAAGCACCUCGUAAAACUGGCACUUCCCAAAUCGUGGGAUACAUCGUUCAGAAACGCAAGAAGGGCACCAUGACCUGGCUGCCAGUCACCAAUGGGCCUGUGAAAGACAAGAAGCUGAAGGUGACCAACCUCAAGAAGGGCGUGCAGUACGAGUUUCGGGUGGCAGCUGUCAAUGCUGCUGGCACAGGAGAUGCCAGCGACCCCUCCCCGCCCGUCUUUGCCCGGGACCCCACGAAAUCCCCGGGCCAAGUGCAGGAGCUCAGAGUGAGCAGCUGUGACAGCACCAGCGUCACCCUGACGUGGAACAGGCCCGAGGUCAAGGACGGGAACGAAGUGAAGGGCUACGAGGUGGAGAUGAGGCCUUCCCACAGCUCCAGCUGGACCAAGUGCCUCACCCUCCCUGCAGAGGCCACCACGGGCACCAUCAAGGGCCUGCAGCCCAAGGAGAAGUAUUUUCUGCGUGUGAGGGCCCUCAACGACAGCGGCCCCGGGGAGGCCGCGGAGCUCGAGGCCGUCGCGGAGGCCGCGGCCCCGGCGGUUCCCCCCAGGUUACUGAUCGACGACACGGUGCAAAACCUCCUGGUGGUCAGAGCAGGAAACCCCAUCCGGGUGAAUAUUCCCUUCGAGGGCUCUCCCGAGCCGGCGGUGCUCUGGCUGAAGGACGCUCCCCUUCCCGACCGGGCUGCCAUAAAAACCCAGGAUGGCUCCACCCGGCUGCUGAUCGGGGCGGCCGAGCUCGGGGACAGCGGCUGCUACAGCGUGGAACUGCUCAACGGGCUGGGCAAGAGAGAGACCUUCAGCUUCCAGGUGCAAAUCACAGACAUCCCACAGCCUCCUGGACCACUGAGGUUGGAAGAGAAUGUGCCCAACACAGUGACAGUGACCUGGGAACCGUCAGCAUCUGAGAAGUGGGAGAAGAACCUCUACUACACCGUCCUGAAACGGGAGUCCCAGAAGGGCGUGUGGCACGUGGUGGGGGACCUGCUCUACAACAACAAGUUCACGUUCACCAGCGUGAUCCCAGGCAGGGAUUAUUACUUCAGGGUGGUGGCCAAGAACAGCCUGGGAGCCAGUGCUCCAUCUGAAACCGUGCAGCCUUGGAGGAUUCGAAAAGCAAAGGCUGAGAUCUGGGUCAGACCCCAGAGGUACAGGGGAGUCAACCAAAACCAGCACCCCAGGUUCCUCGUCCCGCUGAAGCCCCACGUGGUGGUGACAGGCAGUGAGUGUCACAUGAGCUGUGCAGUGGGGGGCCACCCCCCCCCAAAAGUCACCUGGUACAAAGACAACAGAGACCUCUCCAAGGAUCCAAACUACUUCUGCACAAACGACUUUGGAGUCUGCUCCCUGGUCAUCCUGGGGGUCACCAAGCAGGACGCAGGGGAAUACAUGGUGGAAGCCUCCAAUGAAGUGGGUCGUGUCUCCAGCAGAGCCUUCCUCGCCAUCAAAGACUCCGCCCUGUAGCUUGACCCUGCCGAGAACAUCCCUGCCCUGCUCUGUGGAUGAGAAGGUUUCAGUGAGGACUGGUCCAUCCUAAGCCUGUGCAUUUAUUUUCAGAUGUUCACUGGAGCCCAAGGGGUUUAUUUUUCACACCCAGUAAUUGCAUUUUGAACACGACACUGUGUUUUAGUCAAAAUCAGGGGGAAAAUGUUUCAAGAGAAUUGUAUUUUUAUUUUUGUAAUGAUCAUGGCUUUCCACUAAACCUUUAAAACACACAUUAGAAGCUUUGGGAACACAGAAGAUGAGAGGAAAAAUAGUUGGCCAAAAUGAAACUUUCCAUGGAGAGCACAGGCAGCAGAGACCAUCCCAGCACAGCCCUCACCUGCUGUCAGGCUGCAACAGGGACAUUUCUGGCCACCAGAGAUCCCUGGAGUUGGCCUUUCCCAUGUGGUUUUCUAAGCCAAAACAACCCCUCUGGAUUCCACUGGAUUCUCAGCAGGUUUCCUAACUCUGGGAGAAGCAGUUCUGCAUGUCUUGCACUGCCAGUGGCAGCUCAGUGUGUUGUU